ACAGUUUAAGUUUUCAGCAUAAGUUCUAGCUUAUAAAACGGGAAUAUUUGGCUAUAACAUAAUAUUUAAAACCCAUCACAUUGCUUGUUAUACUACACAGGAACUAUUUAGUUUUCGCGGCUAACCAUAUUUAGCUAUUAUAAGAUAACCAUGAGUGUCACUUACAAACAAUAAACAUGCAAUGAAUAACUUUAAAUAGAAUUUAAUGGAAAUAAUGUACUAAACAAAGAUUUAUCUAUUAGUCCUUGCUAUAAUUAUUAUUAAAAAACAUUAACUUUUGAUUGGAAUUAAUAUGUUGGAUCAAUAAACAAUAUAUUAAUCAUAUAAAUUACUUCUUCUCCUACGGCUACUUGCUCAUUUUUAAAUCCUGGAAUAAAUCCUUAAAUUCAAAGUGAAAAUUAAGUUUAAAAAGUUUACUACUAACAGUUAACAAAUAACCUUUGUCCAAGCUUUGCAGACAUACAUAACAUAGAACUUUGCAGCUCCUGCUAAAACUAACAAAACAGAGUUAUUGAUAAUGGUAGAUGUGUAUGCAAAAAAGGAUAUUACGAGUAAAGUUCCUCGCCAAUUUGUAUAGCUUGCUUGCCAACAUGCAAAUCAUGCUAAGACACUAUUGGUUGCUUAGAUUGUUUUGAAAAUGCAUCUCUAUUGUACAAUUAAUGUGUCUGCAAUGCUGGAUAUUUCAUGAAUGACUCAUUUCGCUGUUAAAAAUGCAAUGUCAUGUGUAAAACGUGCUACUUUACAGAAAAUUAUUGUACUUUAUGUAUUGACAAAAAUUAAAUUCUUCCUAAUUGUUCUUGUCCAAAUGGAAUGUUUUUCGAUCCAGUUUCAUCCUCAUGCAAAAACUGCAAUAGUAAUUGCUAUACAUGCUCAUAUAAUAAAUAAGCCUCGGGAUAAAAUUAAUGUACUUCUUGUGCUGCAGGUUUUAUUAAUUCGCCUAUUUGUUAAAUAUAAUGCACAGCUUAUGAAAUCUUUGAUUAUGAGCGUAUGGAAUGUGUACCAUUAGUUUGUGACAAUAAAUGCGUUUCUUGUGAUGGUAAUUCAUUUAACUGUUUAAAAUGCAAAGGAAAUAGAAUAAAUCCACCCACUUGUUAGUGUUAAUAAAAUUAUUAUGAUGAUGGAUAAAGUACUGACUGUGUAAAAUGCCCUGAUGGGUAAUAUUUUGGUAUGCUAAAUGAUAACUAAAAGGGAUGCCUACCUUGCCAUUUUUCUUGUAAACACUGUAGUGGUCCUAAUAUAAAUUAAUGCACAAAGUGCUAUAAUGAUUCAUUUCUUUAGAAUUCAGAUGGUUAUUGUUAGUGUGUUGGAGCAAAUAUGACUUUAUUUAAAGAUGAAUUAGAUAACAAUCUACCAAAAUGUGUGACUUCUCUAAAUAUAAAUUUGAGCAUAUAUAUAAAUAGCGAAUUUUAACAAAUAUAUAGAAUUAGUUUUUCAGAUACUAUCCUAUAAAAGAUUAGUAGUGAUUUGAUUAUGUAAAAUUUAUCAAUUUAUUUAGAAGGUACUCCAAAAAGUGAAUAUACCUUUUAGUAGACCUUUUAUGAUUAAAAUAUGCUUGAAUUUGUUAUGAUAAGUUAAAAAGUAAUACCAAGAUAAAAAUUAUUUGUAAUCGCAUUAAAGUAAAAUUACUUUUAAGGGGUUAGCAAUACAAUUUUAGAUAUUAAAUAUGUAGAAAAUCCUAUUUUUGUUAAAAUGGUAUAAGAUAAUGUAGAUUAUUCAAGUAGUUAACGAAAUCUAGCUGAACUCAAAGCUGCAUCUGAGUCUGUAUAAAACAACCCAUUUGUUUAGUUUGAUAAUUUGUCUUCAGUAAAAAUAAAUUCUUCAGCUGGUAUUAAAUUUACAAGUCUACUUAGUCAGAUUAAAACGAAUACAAAAUCCUAAAUUUAGAUUUUUCUAAGUAAUUAAAAAAUGAUGUACCAACUAAUGAAUAUUUCUAAUAAAUUGGGUUUCUGA